CGAAGGGGCAGUCGACUCGGUUUUGAAGUCCAAUUAAGGCGUCCUUUGCGCUGAGAGAGAGAAUACGAAGAAGAAGAAGAAGAAGAAGAAGAAGAAGAAGAAGAAAGAAAGAACGAGCAGAGGAAAAACCAGUGAACCUCCCUACUUCUCUGGAGAGAGAGAGAGAGAGAGAGAGAGAGAGAGAGAGGGGAAGACGAUACAGGUAAAGAGGUUGAGCAGCGUUCUCUCACCGAGCGGCAUCGUUUUAGAGCAGGGGGAGCUGAGGUACGGAGGCGGAGAUGGAUUGGUCUGCUUGUUCUGAUGAAUACGAGAAGCUUGUGUUCCGGCUCAACACUCCGAGGGUCGUAAUCGACAACAGCGUUUGCUCCACCUCCACUAUCGUGAAGGUCGACAGCGCGAGAAAACACGGUAUCCUUCUGGAGGCGGUGCAGGUCCUCACAGAUCUCAACCUCUCCAUCAAGAAGGCAUACAUCUCCUCUGAUGGCAAGUGGUUCAUGGACGUCUUCCAUGUGACCGAUCAACUCGGCAAUAAAUUGACGGACACUAAAGUUAUCAACUACAUCGAACAGUCCCUUGGCACCAUUCACUACGGAAGGACCAAUUUUUCCAACGGUCUUACUGCCCUCGAGUUAACAGGAACGGACCGUGUGGGUCUCUUAUCGGAGGUUUUUGCUGUUCUGGCCGACUUGCAGUGCAAUGUGGUGGAGGCCAAUGUGUGGACGCACAACGGGAGGAUUGCAUCCCUUAUCUAUGUGAAGGACUGUAAUUCCGGGUCCCCUAUCCAGGAUUCACAGCACAUUAAUAGGAUUGAAGGGAGGUUGAGAAACGUUCUCAAGGGGGACAAUGAUAUUAAGAGCGCGAGAACAUCUGUAUCGUUGGCUGUUACGCACACAGAAAGGAGGCUACAUCAGAUGAUGUUUGCUGACAGGGACUAUGAGAGGAAGCCAAUCCUGCAGCUCACUUCUGAUUCUUCUCCGACAGUAACUGUGCAGAAUUGGGUCGAGUGGGGAUACUCGGUUAUCAAUGUUCAGUGCAAGGACAGGACAAAGCUUCUGUUCGAUCUUGUCUGCACGUUGACGGAUAUGGAGUAUGUCGUGUUUCACGGGACAAUAAAGACGGCAGCUGACAAGGCUUCUAUGGAAUUCUACAUCAAGCACUCAGAUGGAACUCCGAUUAACUCUGAAGCUGAGAGACAGCGGGUGAUUCAAUGCCUACAAGCUGCGGUGGAAAGAAGAGCAUCGAAGGGUGUGAGGUUAGAAUUAUGCAAAACAGAUAAACAGGGUCUUCUAGCGGAUGUCACGAGAACGUUUCGGGAGAACGGUCUGAACGUCACGAGGGCAGAGAUAUCUACCAAGAUGGAUACGGCUCUGAACGUGUUCUAUGUUACAGAUGCACUCGGGAACCAGGCGGACCCGAAACUCAUCGAGGAAGUGAGGCACAGAAUCGGGCUGAGUAAUCUUAAGGUCAAGGAACUGCCCCUGGUAUACCACCAAAAGCCAGAGAAUGAGGACGAGGAAACAGUCGGGGUCGCCGGGGCAGUUCUGUUAUCUAUCGGGAGCCUAGUGAGGAGGAAUUUGUACAACUUGGGACUCAUCAGGUCUUGUUCCUAAGCUGGGCAAAGCAGAGCACCAAGAAGGGGUAUCAAAUCGGUGGUAUGACACGGCGGCAGCAUAUUGGGAUGAUGUACAUAGUCAUUGGAAGUCGAAGUAAAUCCAAAUGAAUUCUAAACUGUGGUUGGCUGUAUAAAAGUUAGUCGGGAUAUUGUGUAAAUAGGGGUAGGGGAGGAUGGUGGGAAUUUGGUGGAUGGUAGUUGUGAUAGGGUUGAGUUGGUCCGAGUGGAUGGAGACCCCUUUCGUGGGUCCCCUCCCUCCAUAGCCCGUUCCCCCGUUUCAAAUUCAAAGGUUUUAAUGGGAGAUUUGAAUGAAGAUAGGGUUAGUCAUCAUGUAUGAAAGUUUUAUAUCGUUGAAGGUUGAAGAAUGGGAGGGAGGAAGGAGAAGAUGGGGUAGGCUAAAAGAAAAGGCAGGAAAAGGGCAUUUGUCCGAUACAGCACAUAGCUUUGUAUAUAUCGCCACUUCUUAUUAGUGAUUCGUUUAUAAUGGUUGACUUGAUUUUUCCACA